AAGCAGCAGCCUAAUCUGCGUCAGCAGUAAUUGUGUGCCUUGCACUGCUUUACAGUGAGGGUGAGUGCAAAAGAUAUAUCAAUAUGAGGUAUCAAACUGAGACCUAGAUGUUCCGUUUAAGUGGCUGCUCAUUUCCUUGAGCCAUAACAUGGGCUAAAGGUUAACUUACACAUUCUCCGAGGAAGAACAGUUUUUUUCUUUCUUUUUCUUUUAAGGUGUGUGUAUUUCAUAUUCUUUACUACCUACAGAGGCUAAAUAUGAUGUACGGUGUUGUUAAUGCAGAUUUUUUUCCCACUGGAUUAUUUGCUAAUCAGACUACAGUACAGUGGAGAUAAGAGAGAAUCUGUUGCCUAGAUAGGAGGCUUUAAUGAGCAACUGAACCCCUGGGAGCUGAAAUCUGAAGUAGAAUGAUGCUGUUUUCCGGUCUCUUGUCAUUUCUUCACUUGCUUCUUCUCAUCCGUUUUCCAAUGGGCCUAGUGAGCAGGAACUAUCCAAGGUACUAGAAUGCUGGCUGCUUGGCUGCUGAAUACAAGCGGAUUGCAGAAAGAGAGGAGAACCAGAUUACUGCUUAUAUCAGAAGGUAGGCUUGCUCUUUGUUUGAGAAUCCCUGAUUAAUCAACAGCAGCAUCAACAGACUAAGGCAGCUGGAGAGAGCAAGCCUGCCUGUAAGUCACGGGGGAGAGAGACGAUGCCACAAGCUAGACUGCUUCAAACCUUCUAUAUCUAAGUGGCAAUGAGAGAGAGAGCAUCUUUUCUGCUGCAAGAAGCCAUUUGGAUAGGAUGUUUUCUAUUCCUUGUUUUCAUUUAUUUUUGUCUCCACAGAAUACAUUCAAAUGAGGCACCUUAGCAAUCUCUGUGUUGUUGCAUAUGACGGUGGUGUAAUCUUCUACGUUGUAAAGUGGGUAAACAUCAUCCAGUUUCUUCUCAGCUGGACCUCAAAGCAGGGUGCUGUUUGUACCCUCCUAUUUUCUAUGCCCUCUGUUCUCUGAAUGUGGAUUUAAAGAAGCAAGCACCUGUCUUCUCUUGUCACUGCAUUUUUAAACGCCAAACUUUAAAGGCCAUUUUAAUCCUAUACCAAGAAGAUCUUUAACAUAACCCACUGACUUCUAGUGAUGCAGAAUUCUACAAUCUGGGCAUCUUUGCCAACAAGAUUUAAUGCACUUUAACUGAAGAAAAACUGAGCCUAAUUGCAAAUCUGUUUCUUAUGGUGCUGAAAUAUUCCUUCAGACUGCACUGAGAUAACCACAGGAAAGGGCUUUUACAGACAAAAGUCACCUUUGAUUAUUGCACUUAGCAGUCCCCGUGGACUUAAAUUUUGGAAGUGUUGCUUUCCUUCGUCCAUUAUCUCCUGCAAAAUGAUGAAUUCUAAUCAGGAGGAGGUCACGUUGGGCACUUUUCUCCAGUAUAUUGAAGAUAUGGGGAUGAAGGCCUAUGAUGGCUUGGUUAUACAGAAUGCAUCAGACAUUGCUCGAGAGAAUGAUCGCAUGAGGAAUGAAACAAACCUGGCUUACUUGAAAGAAAAGAAUGAAAAACGCCGCAAACAAGAAGAAGCAAUAAAACGCAUAGGUGGAGAAGUCGCGAGAGGAAAUGAAGGAAGCUAUGUGGGCAAACAUUUCCGCAUGGGAUUUAUGACAAUGCCUGCUCCUCAGGACAGACUGCCGCAUCCUUGCUCUAGUGGCUUUACCGUGAGAUCCCAGUCUCUUCAUUCGGUUGGAGGUACCGAUGAUGAAAGCAGUAGCUGCUCUCGUAAACAACCUCCACCAAAACCUAAACGAGAUCCCAACACCAAACUGAGCACCUCAUCUGAAACGGUCAACUCUGGAACAAGUAAGAGUGGGAAACUACCGGACAAGACUGAAGUGUCGGCCAAACCAAGACCUCACAGUGAUGAAUAUACCAAGAAGAUCCCUCCUCCUAAGCCUAAACGAAAUCCAAACACUCAGCUAAGCACAUCUUUUGAUGAAACGUACAUCAAAAAGCACGGCCCCAUGAAGACAACACUCACUAGGGAUGCCUCUUUAUCGCAAGUCAGCAGUCCUGCCCCAGACACAGAAGAAGAAGAGCCUGUUUAUAUUGAAAUGGUUGGGAAUAUACUAAGAGACUUCAAGAAAGAUGAGGAUGACCAAAGUGAAGCAGUCUAUGAGGAGAUGAAAUACCCUAUAUUUGAUGAUGUAGGCCAAGAUUCAAAGUGUUCAUGUGAAUAUGACCAUCACAGUUGUUCUUCUCAGUGUGCUACUCCCACAGUGCCUGACCUAGAAUUCACCAAGUCCUCAGUGCCAUCUACUCCCAAGGGCUUGCUUUGUGAUAUCCCCCCACCAUUUCCAAAUCUACUUUCUCAUAGACCUCCACUACUGGUGUUCCCGCCAGCACCAGUGCAGUGUUCCCCAAAUUCUGAUGAGUCUCCUUUAACUCCACUGGAAGUCACAAAGCUUCCUGUAUUAGAAAAUGUGUCUUACAUCAAACAACAAGCUGGAGCUUCUCCAUCUUCACUGCCACCUCAUACACCGGGCCAUCAAAAACUGGAGAAAGACCAGACAGUAUCUCAUGGAACUACUACUCCUGGGCACUCCUCCUCACCUCCUCAUCCUUCUACCUUAUACAGAACACAGUCUCCGCAUGGCUACCCUAAAAGUCACUCUGCCUCACCCUCUCCUGUCAGUAUGGGUAGGUCUCUUACCCCCUUAAGCCUCAAAAGACCUCCACCUUAUGACUCUGUACAUUCAGGAAGUCUCUCAAGAAGUUCUCCAUCAGUGCCUCAUUCUACAGCCAGAAACACGUUGCAAGAAGGGGGAAAGAUGGUAAAUGCCUCGGCCAAUACCUACGGGUCAUCAUCACAGAGUGGUUCACGCUCUAGAACACCGACCAGUCCUUUAGAGGAACUAACCAGCCUCUUUACCUCAGGACGAAGUUUACUGAGGAAGUCGUCCAGUGGCAGAAGAUCUAAAGAGCCUGCAGAGAAACCAUUAGACGAGUUGAAGAUCAGGAGCCACAGUACUGAACCACUACCAAAGUUGGAAAACAAAGAGAGAGGAGGUCACCAUGGGACAACUUCCUCCAGGGAGUCAAUAAAAGCUCAGGAAUGGGAUGGAACACCAGGACCACCAGUUGUGUCCAGCAGACUGGGAAGAUCCUCUGUUAGUCCAACGAUGUUGGCAGGAAACAACAGCUCAGAGCCUAAAGCAAGCUGUAGAUUAGGUCGAUCUGCAUCCACAUCAGGUGUGCCUCCUCCAUCAGUUACUCCUCUCAGGCAAGCCAGCGAUCUCCAACCCAGCCAGGUGACAUGUAUGCAGUGGUUGCAUGGGGACCAUACAAUGCUGGAAAUGAUUGAGAAAAAGCGUUGUUUGUGCAAAGAAAUAAAGGCUCGACAGAAAUCAGAAAAAGGACUUUGCAAACAGGACAGCAUGCCCAUUUUGCCGAGUUGGAAGAAGAACACUGGGAACAAGAAAUACAGCCCCCCUCCUUAUUCCAAACAACAAACUGUUUUCUGGGACACAGCGAUAUGACCAGACUGUUGCUGAUGCCAUCACUACAAUGUUGCAAGAUGCACAAGUAGCCUCCUUUCUUAAUAAGGCAAUGCCUGUGACAUAAAACUUAAUCUGCAGGUGACGAACUAUCUAGUGAAAAACAUACCAAUGUGGUGCUCACCUGUCAAUCUAAAGAAAAAUCUAAAUUUCCAGCUGAUUAAGACAUGUAUAUUUAUUAAGGAUUUUUUUGGAUCCAGAAGAUAUUGAAAUGUAAAUAUUUUGCCAAUCUAUUGAAAACACCUGAACUAAUACACUGUUUAAAAUAUAUAAUUCAAAAAUUUAUGAAGAAUUUUACUAUAUAAUAUAACUGUUAUAUUGUUUUAUUAACUAUUUUAUAUGUGGUAUCCUAAUGCUCUUUUGUUGUUGUUGUCAUUUUUAAUGAUCUUACCUGCCUAAAUUUGGCCUCUGUACAAAAGCAUGUGGUUGUACUUUUGUUUAACAAGUACAAUGUACAAAUGAACCUGGUGCUAAGGCUGUAGAAGUUCACUAGAGUCAUAUUCAUUAGAGACAUCCGUUGCUUUUGUUCUUCUGGGAAAGGUUUUGGCAGGAAGUAGUAAAAACUGUAAACAAUGCAAAUAAAAAUGCUUAAUUUGGAUGUCCAAAUUGCAUUAAAAAAGAGUUGUUCUGCAUCAGAUUUUUUGUAAAUUUACUAUUAUAAAUUGCCCUUCUUUUUAUGUCAAUCAGUUAUUAAAGUCUCCAGUGAUAGUUCCUAGGCUACAUUUGGCUAACCAAGUAAACAAAAUUUACUGCAGAAAGGUCUAAAAUAGACGCUCUUCCUUCUUUUAUUCAGCUGACUAGAGGAGACCAUGGUUCACUGUGACUAAGAAUUGUACAUCACAUGAUAAUGAAUUAACCCAUUGUUUAUCUGGUUAAAACAGUGGCAAUGCACCCAUGAUUCCUGUCCACAUUUGUCUUUGGUUCAGAAAGUAAAAGUAACAAAAUCUGUUUACAUUAUUUUUAAUUACCCCAAACAUCCCUAGUUGGGUCUGUAUCAAAUUGGAAAGCAUUAUUAAAAAAGGCCUGACCCAAACUCCACUCACAUCAAUGGAAAGACUCCCAUUGGCUUCACUUGGCUUUGGAUCAGACCCACAAAGCACCUUUCUCUCAAGUAACCCAUUUCCUGUUCCUGGCUGAUCAGAUAAUUGGGUCAUAGUCCUCUGUGACAUCACACCAAUCCUAAGAGAAUGCUAUGUCAUGACCAAAGAAUUAUGACCUCUUGGUUUUAACAGGAGAAAGAGAUGGCUUAUACUACAUAUGAGGAUGAGAGCUGUGCAUUAAAAUAGCUUCCAAAAGAAACGCUUUAGGGUGAACAAUAUCCGUAUUGCCAUGGAGUGAUAAAAUAAUGCUAUCACAUAUAUUUUGUAUAUGUAAAGUUCUAUCUAUGCUUCUGAAAUUUGGCAGCAUGAAAAUUCCUCUUUAAUAGUCCUUUAAAAAUUAUAUUCUCUGAGAAGAAAAAAUGUGUUGUUUGAACUUAUUGUCAUAUUGGCUUUUCUUUGAAAUUAUAUUGCAGCAAUGCCCUGGGCAUCACUGCUGAUCAAAAAAACCAAAAAUAACCAAUUUUAGUAGGUUUUUUUGUAAUCUAUAUUACUAAAGUUUGAGUAAUGCUUUAUCAGUAGUAGUUUCUUUCCAGCCUCUGAAAUAAUAAUAAAGUUUUUAAAUAUUUUAUAACUAAUGUAUAUUUUGAUGUCCAAAUUGAGGAUUUCUGUAUAAGAUAAACAAAGAAGUGUGUGUUUAUAUGUUUGUAUGUAUAUUAUCAUUAUGCUAUAUGUGUGUGUAUAUGUAUAGGUGCAUAUAUGCAAACAUAGACACACUCAUUUAUAUAUAUGCUGUAUAUAUGAAAUGUGUGUGUGUUGUUGGAUAUACAGUGGCUGAAAUGGGUACAAAAUUUAGAUGAAAAUGUAAAGAUGCCCCCACAACCCAAAUGAUAGAAAACAUAAAAACCACAAAUUGUGAAGGAAUCUUUAAAUAAAUUUUGUACCCAAAAGGCACCAAUUGUAUAUUCUGCCUACUCAUUUUUUU